CUGAAAUUCUUUCCCUGUAAGGAGGGGGAAGUAAUAAUGGCGGAAGCGUGUGGCCAGGUUCUCUUAGGGUCUGGGCUGACUGUCCUUUCCCAUCCUCUUAUGUACAUUAAGGUUUUAGUACAGGUGGGACAUGAACCUCUUCCACCCACUCUUGGCAGGAAUUUGUUUGGCAGGCAGGUGUAUCAGCUUCCUGGACUCUUUGCUUAUGCCAGACACAUAGUGAAGAUUGAUGGGAAGUCAGGCCUGUUUAAAGGCCUUACCCCUAGACUGUGUGCAGGGACCAUUGGCACUAUUGUCCACAGUAAAAUGCUGCAGAAAUGCCAGGAGAACAAACUGGAGGUAAUGACCAGUAACCAGGAAACAGAGGAGGGAUCUUUGCAGCAUGUAGUCAAUGAGACAACAAAGGAGAUGAUAGCACGCUCCUGUGCUACAAUUGUCACACAUCCAUUCCAUGUGAUCACCCUUAGAUGUAUGGUCCAGUUUAUCGGAAGAGAAACCAAGUAUAGUGGUGUCUUUGACUCUGUUCUCACUAUCUUCAGAGAAGAGGGAAUCCUUGGGUUUUUUGCUGGCCUCAUCCCACGUCUUCUUGGUGAUAUCUUCUCUCUGUGGAUCUGCAACAUGCUUGCACACUUUAUCAACUCGUAUGCGAUAGAUGACUCAAUGAGUCAUACCAGUGAAAUGAAGAACUGUUUUCAGGCUGCCACUGGGUUUUUUGCCAGUAUGCUGACCUACCCGUUUGUGUUGGUCUCCAAUCUGAUGACAGUCAAUAACUGUGGUUUGGCAGGUGGUUUACCACCAUAUGCUGAAACCUAUAAAACCUGGUUUGACUGCUGGAGGCACCUGAGCAGAGAGGGUAAUAUGAGCAGAGGCAACAGUUUAUUCUUCAGGAAGGCACCAGCGGGGAAGCUGUACGCCAUUGACCAGAAGCGAUUUUUCUGAAUACAACAUGCCAACAGCAUAAUCUAUAUAUGAGAUGGAUUGGGUGGGGGGAAACUCCUAAUUUUUUGUAUGCACUUGUUUAUGACACUUGGGGGGGGGUUGUUUGGGUUUUUGUUUUGUUUUGUUUUUGGGGGGGGAUGAUCAGUGUCAGCUUCCAGUAACUUUGUCAUUAAUUUCACCAAAAUUUUCUUUGAUUUGGAAGGGUUAUUUUAAUAUUUGUAUCAGAAAUACCUCAUUUACUAGAGGUUUAAUGUCACAGGCCUUAGCUAGAAAAUCAUAUAUUAGUUAAACUAAUAUAAAUUAUGUUGCUUCUUAUUCCUCCUGCCAAAAAAGGAAAAAAACAACCAGUCAUAAUCGGGCCAUUUGCUUAGUGUCUUUGCCUCCCAGCAUUUAUCUACAUUGACUGACUGAAAGAAGAACUGAAGUUCUUCUGAUGUUGAAGCUGUACAUGUAGCUAUUAAAGAAAGGAGUUGUGCUAAAUGUUAGCUCCUGAUUGUGUGUGCUGCAUGUGUCCUGUGUGUGUGCAUGGACAUGCUUGUCUGUGUCCUCACCCAGCCUGUAAUAUUCACACUUGCCUGGGUCCACAAACCAGUCUAGGUUUGUACUGUGGAGCAUGAGCAUGCCCAGCUGCUGAGCUAGAUGGAGUGCGUACAGCCCACUGGUACGAGCGAAGGUAUGAGAGAGAGAGAUCUAUGUGAUCAAUCUCUCUCUUCCCCUGUGUUCAACACGUUCACAUUUGGGCUGUAUAUUUGUAUUAAUGUUCUGAUUGAUCUCAUGUGUGUGGUGGUGUUCUUUACCUGAAGAUUGUGUGCGUGCACGCAUAAAUACCAGGUUGUACCAUCUGAAAACUAACUUACAAAAGUACUGUCAAAAUUGUGCGUAUUGUGCAAGAUCAUAAGUAACUUGGCUAAAUUGAGAUUUUUAUCCCCCCCCCCCUUAAAAUAUUGUUUCCAUUCUAUCAUAUAAGAUGCAUACACUACCUUUUCAGAGUUAAGACAGUCAACUCCAGAUUUGGUGGCACCCUUUUUGAAAAUGAGCAACAGAAUAUUAACAUACAAUGAUGUUUGUGAGCUUAAAUAUAUUUUUAUCUGCAAAA